AUGCGGUCAAAUACAUGCCUUGUUCUACUGGCUUUGGUAUUGUUGGUGGGAGCCCAAAAUCCGCAUCCGGAAGCAGCAAAGUUCAAGCGAUCUGCCAAUAAAUCUCCUCGUGCUAGUGGAGGACUUUUUCUGACCCAGAAGACUUCCAAAUUUGCUGUUAAGGGCAAUGGUUUGCCAGAAGUCGAUUUCGACAUCGGGGAAUCAUACGCUGGUUCCUUACCAAUUGGGCCCCCUACUGCUGCAAAUCCAGAUACUCUCUGGUUUUGGUUUUCUCCAUCAACGAACCCAGCAGCUAAGAAAGAAAUCGUGAUCUGGCUCAGCGGUGGCCCCGGGUGUAGUUCUCUCUCAGGUGUUUUUCAGGAGAGUGGGCCAUUCAUCUGGCAACCUGGGACAUACAAGCCCAUCCCCAAUUCUUACAGUUGGAACAAGCUCACGAAUGUCAUAUACGUUGAUCAACCUGUUGGUACCGGAUUCUCCAGAGGAAACAUCACUGUCAGAGAUGAGAAGGAUGUAGCCAAUCAUUUCAUGGGAUUCUGGAAGAACUUCGUAGAUACCUUUUCCAUACAAGGUUACAAGAUUUUCUUUGGAGGUGAGAGCUAUGCGGGGCAAUACGUGCCAUGGAUAUCUGCAGCAAUGCUAGAUAAUGGUAACAAGACCUAUUUCAAUGUCUCGGGUAUCUAUAUCAGCGACCCUGUAUUCAGCUACCAGGAUGUCUUACAAGAAGUCCCCGUUGUACCUGCACUCGAAAAGUACAACAAUGUUAUGGGCUUGGACGAAAAUACAGUCGCACAGUUCAAAGCAGCAGCAAAUGCUUGUGGAUACACGAGUUAUCACACCCAACACACCUCUAAUUUCCCUCCUAAAGGGCCAAUUCCAGCACCCCCAAACUUGCCUGGCUGUAAGAUUUAUGGAAGUGUGGUUGGAGCCGCUUACUACGCCAAUCCAUGCUUCAACGUAUAUCACCUGACAGAUUUCUGCCCGUAUCUCUGGUCUGAGCUGGGAUACCCAUCCUUUGGAGGCGGUCCCAACGACUAUUUCAAUCGGUCUGAUGUUCAGAAAGCCAUCCAUGCCCCGCGUACGGAAUUCUGGGUAUGUAAACUUAAGCCCAACAUCUUCGAGGGUAAAGUGGAUGGUGAUAAGUCACUUCCCUCUGGACUUGGCCCACUACCAUCCGUGAUCGACCGUACAAAGAACGUCAUUAUAGCACAUGGGCUCCUUGAUUUUUUGCUCUUCGCGGAUGGAUCCCUGAUAACCAUCCAAAACAUGACCUGGGGUGGCCUUCAAGGCUUCCGCACAGCUCCGAGUUCCACGUCCAACUUCUAUGUGCCGGCCAAUCCCAGCAUUAAUACUAUUCUUGGGCUCGUUGCAAAUCCCACUCCAUACCCGCCACCCCAAUAUAACACUGCCGGCCAAGGCCACCAAGGCGUUACACACUCUGAGCGUGGGUUGACUUUCGUGAAAGUCAACCUAGCUGGACAUUUCGUCGCGCAGUAUACGCCGGGAGCUGCUUACAGGCAGCUGGAAUUCCUACUAGGGAGAAUCUCGAGCUUGGAAGAGGUCGGCCCAUACACAACGGGGUAG